CUGUUCGGGAUGACAUCAUGGUACUCAUGGGACCACGGAGCGCGCACCACAAAUCUACACUGCCUCUGCGCACAUAUGAGCGCAAUAUAUCAGACUUUUAUUUUAUUUUAUAGGGAACAGGUUGCUGAACACACAAACGCGAGGCAUAGCUUGUUUUCGUCAUUUAUUAUCUGGUUGCUGCAUUUCUUCUUUUGAGGUAGAGGCUACAGACUACAGAAGAAGCGAGAUGCGCCACGCAUCAGGCUUUUGUCGAAAGAAAUCCAUGGCAGAGAUUCUAGAAUCAUGAUUAUAUGAGGAAAAGAAGAGUCGGAUGCACGCACGACCGAUUCCACCGUCACCAGAAGACUGGAAAAUAAAAGAUACAGGCUUGUAACGUGCGUGCGAGCUGUCACAGGCGGGCACCAGUGUUGCCUAGCGCCAGACUACUUUGCGCCACAAGUAGAAAACAGGGGAUGCACGAAAACUGUGAAGACAACCGGUGCACGAUGCAGGACUGAAUCUAUAUAUUUCCCCUAGAAUAACCAGACAGGCGUUGUGUCGACUUGGCUAUCAUUUGAGUGUAAAGCGCGUCGAAUAAGUAGUCUAAUUAUUAUCGAGAAGAUGAGUGUAAACCAGACUGGGUAUGAUGGCAUCUCUAGAGUGGAUGGUGUCACGGUAACGGGCGGCCUCAACAUCAGUGGUACCCCGAAGCUGCAACAGUGUGCUCAGCCUCCCGGUAACCGACCCAGGGAUGCCCGAUACCAGCAGCACGGCGGUCGGCAGCACCAGCACGCCAGCUCCGCUGUCAAACCGCCUAAUUCUGAACGGUCCGAACCCGCGGACGUUGUGAAGCGCGCCAUUGACUUCAAGACGCAAGGCACACAGUGUUACAAGGAUAAAAAGUACCGGGAGGCGAUUGGCAAGUACCACCGUGCUUUAUUAGAGAUGAAGGGAUUGUGCCGGGUGCUGGGAGACCCUGAAGCCAGCUCUAAGUCUCCUUCCUCGGUGCUGCCUACUAUGACCAAAUCAGACAGCCUGACGGACGAGCAGAAAGGUGCCAUGGAGAACGCCGAGUUGGAGUGUUACAACAGUCUGGCAGCGUGCCUGUUGCAGAUGGAGCUGGUCAACUAUGAGCGUGUGAAGGAGUAUUGUCUGAAGGUGCUGCGUAAGGAAGGGGACCACUUCAAGGCUCUGUACCGCUCUGGGGUGGCCUACUAUCACCUAGGAGACUUCCACAAGGCCCUUCACUACCUCAAGGAGUCCCACAAACAGCAGCCAGCAGACACCAACGUUCUCCGUUACAUCCAGCUGACUGAGAUGAAGAUCCGACGUUCCGCCCAGAAGGAGAAGAAAGAGACCACAUAAACAACCAACUCACUGUCUUAAUUUAUUUACUAAGGCUUUGCCCCGAAAUGGCACCCUAUUCCCUAUGCAGUGCACUAGGGACCUAUGGGCCCUGGUCAAAAGGAGUGCACUGCAUAGGGAAUAGGGUGCCAUUUAAGAUGCCGCCCACCUCACUUUUCACUCAACGUCAAUUUGUACCUUUCUUCAUGCUCUACUCAGACCACGAUACAGUGUGUUAUACAGGAUUUCUAUAUAGAUAUGCUUCAGCCUUGCACAGCCACUUUAUCCUUCCUCCUCUUCUUCUUCUCGCCAAUUAUGUGAUUCAUACCAAUGUGUACUUUAGUACUUAUGAGUAUAUGUCAACUAUUUUAUACAGAUAUGCAGUACCAGUCAAAAGUUUAGACACACCUACACAUUAAAAGGUUUUUCUUUAUUUUUUCCUAUUUUCUCCAUAUUUUGUAGAAUAAAAGUGAAGACAUCAAUACUAUGAUAAUAAUACAUAUGGAAUCAUGUAGUAACCAAAAAAGUGUUAAGUAAAUCAAAAUAUAUUUUAUAUUCUUUAAAGAAGCCACCCUUUGCCUUGAUGACUUUGCAUACUCUUGGCAUUCUCUCAACCAGCUUCACCUGGAAUGCUUUUCCAACAGUCUUGAAGGAGUUCCCACAUAUACUGAGGACUUGUUGGCUGCUUUUCCUUCACUCUGCGGUCCAACUCAUCCCAAACCAUCUUAUUUGGGUUGAGGUCUGAUGAUUGUGGAGGCCAGGUCAUCUAAUGCAGCCCUCCAUCACUCUCCUUCUUGGUCAAAAAGCCUUUACACAGGCUGAAGGUGUGUUUGAGUCAUUGUCCUGUUGAAAAACAAAUGAUAGUCCCACUAAGCGCAAACCAGAUGAGAUGGCGUAUCGCUGCAGAAUGCUGUGGUAGCCAUGCUGGUUAAGUGUGCCUUGAAUUCUAAAUAAAUCACAGACAGUGUCACCAGCAAAGCACCCCCACAAAAUCACACCUCCUCUUCCAUGCUUCACGGUGGGAACCACACAUACGGAGAUCAUUCGUUCACUUACUCUGCAUCUCACAAAGACACUGGGAAGAGACCCAAAAAUCUCAAAAAAGGACUCAUCAGACGAAAGGACAGAUUUCCACCGGUCUAAUGUCCAUUGCUCAUGUUUCUUGGCCCAAGCAAGUCUCUUCAUCUUAUUGGUGUCCUUUAGUAGUGGUUUCUUUGCAGCAAUUCGACCAUGAAGGCCUGAUUCACGCAGUCUCCUCUGAACAGUUGAUGGUGAGAUGUGUCUUUUACUUGAACUCUGUGAAGCAUUUAUUUGGGCUGUAAUCUGAGGUGCAGUUAACUCUAAUGAACUUAUCCUCUGCAGCAGAGGUAACCCUGGGUAUUCCUUUCCUGUGGCGGUUGUCACGUGGGCUCCCUCUCCCCGGCCUCGAGGUCACCAGGCUGCUCGUUAUGGGGCACACCUGUUACCAUCGUUACGCGCAACAGCGCAUUAUGACACUCACCUGGACUCUAUCACCUCCUUGGUUACCAGCCCUAUUUAUGUCACUCCCUUUGGUUCCUUCCCUAUAUAUGUCACUCCCUUUGGCUCCUUCCCUAUAUAUGUCACUCCCUUUGGCUCCUUCCCUAUAUAUGUCACUCCCUUUGGCUCCUUCACUAUAUAUGUCACUCCCUUUGGUUCCUUCCCUAUAUAUGUCCCUCCCAUUGGUUCCUUCCCUAUAUAUGUCACUCCCUUUGGUUCCUUCCCUAUAUAUGUCACUCCCUUUGGUUCCUUCCCUAUAUAUGUCACUCCCUUUGGUUCCUUCCCUAUAUAUGUCACUCCCUUUGGUUCCUUCCCUAUAUAUGUCACUCCCUUUGGCUCCUUCCCUAUAUAUGUCACUCCCUUUGGUUCCUUCCCUAUAUAUGUCACUCCCUUUGGCUCCUUCCCUAUAUAUGUCACUCCCUUUGGCUCCUUCCCUAUAUAUGUCACUCCCUUUGGCUCCUUCCCUAUAUAUGUCACUCCCUUUGGCUCCUUCCCUAUAUAUGUCACUCCCUUUGGUUCCUUCCCCAGGCGUCAUUGUUUCUGUGUCAUGUCUGUGCGUUGUUCGUGUUUCUUGUUUUGUAUUAUGUUGUGUUAAUUUAUUAAAACACUCACUCCCUGCUCUUGCUUCCCGACUCUCAGCGCACAUCAUUACAGCGGUUCUCAUCAGAGCCAGUUUCAUCGUGGCGCUUGAUGGUUUUUGCGAAUGCACUUGAAGAAACUUUCAAAGUUCUUGAAAAUUUCCAGAUUGACUGACCUUCAUGUCUUAAAAUAAUGAUGGACUGUCGUUUCUCUGACUUGGUCUUUUACCAAAUAGGGCUAUCUUCUGUAUCCCACCCCUACCUUGCGUUGUGUUUUACGUCCAACUCUACCUUGUCACAACACAACUGAUUGGCUCAAAUGCAUUAAGAUGGAAAGAAAUUCACACCUGUUAAUUAAAAUGCAUUCCGGGUGACUACCUCAUGAAGCUGGUUGAGAAAAUGCCAAGAGUGUGCAAAGGUGUCAUCAAGGCAAAGGGUGGCUAAUUUGAAGAAUCUCAAAUAUAAAAUGUAUUUAGAUGUGUUUAACACUUUUUUGGUUACUACAUGAUUCCAUAUGUGUUAUUUCAUAGUUUUUGUUGUCUUCACUAUUAUUCUACAAUGUAGAAAAUAGUAAAAAUGAAAGGAAAAUCCUUGAAUGAGUAGGUGUGUAACAAACUUUUGACAGGUACUGUACAUACAACUGAAAUGGUGCAGCUGCCAGCCUCUUUUGGCGACCAUCUCCAAAGUUUAUGUGGCAGACAUUACAAUGUUGUUGAACAUUAUAUAUGGUUGGAAAUGCACUACACUGCCAGGUCCAACGUGUAGAUUAGGGCAACAACACAUCUGAUGGAGUCAAAGUAACAGAUUUCACAGGAUGAAGCAUGUGACCUGUGACUGGCUAAGUUAGCGCCUGCCUUCCCUCCCUCCUACUGACAACAUGUGUUUGUGUUCACCGUGGAAUCACUGUUUGACAAACCUCUCACUUUUUAGCCGAGGAUUCAAUCCAAUCGCGCUUUGUCCGCUUAUGAACUUUUUUUUUUUAAGGCAAUGUGUCUGCGUUCACGGAGAUUCACGAUAAACGUGGCAUAUGUCAGUUUAACUGGAAAUUAUGUUUAAAACGACGCAUUGUUCAAAUCGGUGAUCGGAUUGAAUCCCGGCUUUAGACAUUGAGCCAAAACAACACUUGUGUUUUGUUUUGAUAGAUUAUUGAGAUUUGGCAAGAUGUUUUGAUAACUAUAAUAAUAUAAUAUAUAUAUAAUAGAUCUAUAAAUACUCUAUUUAGGUUAUAAGGGCACAUACACUGAAUAAAAAUAUAAGCGAAACAUGUAAAGUGUUGGUAUGUUUCAUAAGCUGAAAUAAAAGAUCCCCAAAAUUUUACAUGCGCACAAAAAACUUAUUUCUCAAAAUUUGAGUGCACAAAUUUGUUUACAGCCCGGUUAGUGAGCAUUUUUCCUUUGCCAAGAUAAUCCAUCCACCAAAAGGCCACUCUAAAAUGUGCAGUUUUGUCACACAACACAAUGCCACAGAUGUCUGAAGUUUUGAAAGAGAGCGUGCAAUUGGCCUGCUGACUGCAGGAAUGUCCACCAGAACUGUUGCCAGAGAAUUGAAUGUUAAUUUCUCUACCAUAUGCCGCCUCCAACGUCGUUUUAGAGAAUUUGGCAGUGGGUCCAACCAGCCUUACAACCACAGAUAACAUUUAUGGCGUUGUGUGGGCCAGCGGUUUGCUGAAUGUUGUGAACAGAGUGCCCGAUGGUGGUGGUGGGGUUAUGGUAUGGGGCAGGCAUAAGCUACGGACAACGAACACAAUUGCAUUUUAUCGAUUUUUUUUUUAAGGUAUCUGUGACCAACAAAUGCAUAUGUGUAUUCCCAGUCAUGUGAAAUCCAUAGAUUAGGACCUAAUGAAUUUAUUUCAAUUGACUGAUUUCCUUAUAUGAACUGUAACUCAGUAAAAUCUAUGGAAUUGUUGCAUGUUGCCGUUUAUAAUUUUGUUAAAGGAUAUUUGCUAAUUACAAGCUCAUUGUCAUGACACUUUAUCAGAAAAUAUAUUAAAAAAAGAGUAGCUUACUUUAUAAAAGAAAAUGCUAUAAGUAUGUUUAAAUUAUAUAAUAGCAAAGCUAAUUGUAUUUUGUUUGUAAAUGUAAACAGGGGCAUUCCAUACACAAGAGUAUCUUUGAGAAAACCCCCAAUUUACUGUUAAGUUAUGUGUCUAAUAAAGGUGUUAUAAUUAUA